UAAACUCAGAAUAAUUCGAAAUACGAAACAGUGAAGACGAGAGAUCGGUGCGAACCGAAGUGAAGUUUACGGAGUUUUUAAGAAGUGUUUAUUGUAUUUAUUACGAGUGUUGACAAGGACUUUUAAAACAAAAUGCCAGCUAUUGGAAUAGAUCUCGGUACUACGUACUCCUGUGUCGGUGUAUGGCAGCAUGGGAACGUGGAAAUCAUCGCCAACGACCAAGGCAACCGUACCACACCAUCGUACGUCGCCUUCACGGACACCGAGCGACUUAUCGGAGACGCGGCGAAGAACCAGGUCGCUUUGAACCCCAACAACACAGUCUUCGACGCCAAGCGACUCAUCGGACGCAAGUUUGACGACCCAAAAAUCCAACAGGACAUGAAACACUGGCCCUUCAAAGUCAUCAACGAUUGCGGCAAACCGAAAAUCCAAGUCGAAUUCAAAGGGGAACCGAAGAAAUUCGCUCCAGAAGAAAUCAGCAGUAUGGUUUUAACUAAGAUGCGAGAAACCGCUGAAGCGUAUUUGGGUACGUCAGUCAAGGAUGCAGUUAUCACAGUCCCAGCAUAUUUCAAUGAUUCACAACGUCAAGCUACGAAGGACGCCGGUGCCAUCGCAGGUUUGAACGUCCUCAGAAUUAUUAAUGAGCCCACCGCAGCAGCUUUAGCCUACGGUUUGGAUAAGCAUUUGAAAGGCGAACGUAAUGUGUUGAUAUUCGAUCUCGGUGGAGGUACUUUCGACGUCUCUAUCUUAACUAUCGAUGAAGGUUCCCUCUUCGAGGUGAGGUCCACAGCGGGUGAUACGCAUUUGGGAGGCGAGGACUUUGACAACCGUCUAGUCAACCACCUCGCUGAGGAAUUCACGAGGAAGUAUAAAAAGGAUUUGCGUUCCAACCCGCGCGCUUUGAGACGCCUCCGCACCGCCGCCGAGCGCGCUAAGCGGACGCUUUCGUCGAGUACCGAAGCGAGUAUAGAAAUAGACGCCCUGUACGAAGGAAUCGACUUCUAUACAAGGGUAUCCAGAGCGAGGUUCGAGGAAUUAAACUCAGAUUUAUUCCGUGGAACUUUGGAACCGGUUGAAAAAGCUCUGAAAGACGCGAAGUUAGAUAAGAGCCAAAUACAUGACGUCGUUUUGGUUGGCGGCUCGACGCGUAUACCUAAAGUGCAGAAUCUGCUGCAAAACUUCUUCUGCGGCAAGCAACUCAACCUAUCCAUCAACCCUGAUGAAGCAGUCGCUUACGGAGCAGCAGUCCAAGCGGCUAUACUAAGCGGCGACACUGACUCCAAAAUCCAAGAUGUCUUGCUAGUCGACGUGGCACCUUUAUCACUAGGAAUAGAAACAGCUGGUGGGGUUAUGACCAAAAUCAUAGAGCGCAACUCCAAAAUCCCAUGCAAGCAAUCUCAGACAUUUACAACCUACUCAGACAACCAACCAGCUGUCACCAUCCAAGUGUAUGAAGGCGAGAGAGCUAUGACCAAAGACAACAACCUACUUGGAACUUUCGACUUGACCGGUAUUCCACCAGCGCCGCGAGGAGUUCCAAAAAUCGACGUAACUUUCGAUUUAGACGCGAACGGAAUCCUCAACGUAUCGGCUAAAGAGAACAGCACCGGAAGAAGCAAAAACAUCGUCAUAAAGAACGACAAAGGAAGACUAUCUCAAGCAGACAUAGACCGCAUGUUAUCCGAAGCGGAGAAAUACAAAGAAGAGGACGAGAAACAGCGUCAGAAAGUCUCAGCAAGGAACCAGUUGGAGUCAUACAUAUUCAGCGUCAAACAAGCGUUGGAUGACGCGGGUGAGAAAUUGUCUGACGCGGAUAAGAAUAGCGCGAAGAGUGAAUGCGACGAAGCGUUGCGUUGGUUGGAUAAUAACACUUUAGCUGACAAGGAGGAGUAUGAGCAUAAGUUGAAGGAACUCCAGAGGACUUGCUCGCCCAUCAUGAGCAAACUCCACGGAGCAAGUGGAGCUCAGCCUGGCCCAGGGGCGCCUGGUAGCGGACCCACAGUUGAAGAAGUCGAUUAAAUUAAUUUGCGUCCAUAGUCAGUAUUGUUUGAAUGUGAUAUUUAUGUAUAAAGACUGAUUUAUUUAUUUGCUAGUAUGAAUGUAGGGUUAUAAUAACCCGUCGGUUAUGCCUAAGAGUUAAAUUUUAAGUUUAAUUUAAAUAAAAAAAACUUCAUUUUUAAUUUACUUAAUAAA